GUGAUUCCCAUUUGAAUCACAUUUUGUCAAGUUUUGAUGAUAUGUUUCAUCGAUUGUGUUGUGGUUUAUGGCGAAGACAUCUAUUGACUGACCACAAGAUCAGGUCAUAUGUGGUCCGGAAGAGUCACUUCUGUGCCAUUAAACUGACAAACAAGCGAUUGAUUCGUGUGUCCGGCUCUGAGAGCUUCAUAUACUUGCAGUCAUUGCUGACCAAUGAUUUAAGACAUCUUUUAGAUGGCGAGGAAGUGGUGCCAAGAAGUUGUGUCUAUUCAUUCAUGUUGUCCUCUUUGGGGCGCGUUUUGGCCGACAUUUUCGUAUAUAAGGCGAAGAUAUUGAGCGCUGGAGAACUGAUUCUUGAGGUGGACUCGAGUCUCGCCAACGCCUUAAGGCGUCUUCUCAUAUGUUAUAACAUAAACCGAAACAUUAGUGUCGAAGCCGUCGAAGACAUUGAUUUGUGGGCUUUAAUACCGAAGACAUUCGACCCGCGAUUCAACGAAAACAAUGAUUUUGUUUUACAAGAAGUGGUUAGCGAUGACUUCCAAUUAGUAGCUGAUCCACGAAUACCACAAAUGGGUUACCGACUGCUCACUCGAAUCGGUGGCAAACGGUUUGAGGAUAUUCUCGGAUUUAUUGACGACAAACGUAUAGAUGAAGGAACGGUAGCUGAUUAUCACACCUAUAGAUAUAAAUUAGGUGUGAGUGAGGGAUCCGAAGACCUGUUGUCGGGUUUCUAUUAUCCCUUUGAAAUGAAUGGCGAUUAUUUGAAUGCCAUUUCUGUGGACAAAGGUCUGUACGUCUCUGAGGAGAAGACUAUCAAAGUUUAUAUGAAAAAACCCAUAAUCAAGAGAGUGGUGCCCAUCGAGUUCCUGUGCAAUCAGUCACAACUGGCCCGACACUCACCACCGCCAUCAACACAGAUCAGGUCCAGUCAAAUGAGAAACGCUGGAGACCUUAGAAAUCGCAAAGGAGUGCAUGGAAUCGCUUGUCUAAGAAUCUUAAGCAAUGAGACGCCUGUCCAACACAAGGACUUAGUUCACAUACAAAGUGGUCUCCCAUUGAGGACAUGGAUCCCCGAAUGGUGGCCACAGAGAAUAGAUCGCAUAUAUUUACCAGAAGUGGAUUACCCACUAAAUCUGUUUAAUAUAAUUCCGGUCGAGAAUUGA